AUGAGUGGAAAAGAUAGCUCUGUCGUUAUCCACAUAAAGAAUACCAUGAUGGGAGGAUUACUCGAAAUCAAGAAUGCAGAGCUAAAAGAAGGCAAAUUCCACGAAGAUGGCAAUAAAGACGUUGAGAUCUCCGCAGCCGAUAUAAGCAAAAAGAUCGCUACACCACACACUGCGAUCGAUAUUUGCGCUUCUGCCAGCUCUGCCGGAAAGGGGCUUGAAGGUAGCAUUGAACUCUAUGAUAGCGGAACGAAGAUCUGUAAAUUUACCUGGAAGGAUCCAGCCAGCGGAGACAAUGAUUUCCGAGUUUCAGACUUUCAGCUUGGCGGCCCAUAUCUUGCAAUUCCCCAGGGCUGGAAUCGCAGUGGAAGUUUGGGAAGAGUGACUGUCGACGUCAUGAAGAGAGAAUAG